CCAUGAGUUACCAGUCGUCAGUCGUACCUUCUCACGGACCAUCGAGCCGCGCACCUUGGUAUUACCAUCUCAGAUCGCGAUUGUUCACUUGUACAGCUUGUACAGGUUCUAACAGACCACCAUAUCUCAACGUGGUCUUAUACUUGCGUCAUUCGAGGAGUGCCUCCUCCCAGACCUCGUCCCUGCAGCAUCUUUAGCCGCAACGAAGCGAGUCCAAUCGCCUCCAGCCUCGUCUAGCACCCUUAGCCACGGUAAUCCUACUGUAUCUUACACCAGUGCUCCAAACAGUCCUGCAGUGAUUGUCAACCACUCCAUUUCGAGCUUAGACCUCUUCCACCACGACAGUACGAGUACAGAUACCCUGGCCCUUGGUCAGUCCUGACCUCCGCGCAUUCACGUCGUGCGAACUGGGAAGCAGACCGCCUUGGUCCAGCUACAUCAUACGCUCCUGGUCUCAUUCUGGUCACUUUCCACUUUUCCCGCCUUGGAGGGGUCUCGCUGUCGGAGGUAACUCCACGGAAGGAGCCAUUGUAGAAGUACUAAAGGAUCCCCUGCCUCCAUGAUCUGGCAGAACACCAGCGUCUUUUAGGGCUGCUCGGUGCACAUUGGCCUUUUGCCUUUGUGACUCUACUUGAUCUGCCGUCAUCAUGGAGACCGUUUUCAUCACAAUCCACGACCUCUCCCGUGAUGCUCGCAUCAAGUAUUGCUCAGACUCUAUUGAGGACAUCUUGGGGUACCUGCCUAAUGAGGUUAUUGGCAAGGCCUGUUGGGAAUACUUCCAUCCUGAUGAGAUCCCAUUUGCGCGCGAGAUUCAUGACCGUGGCAUUGAGCUCGACAAGGCAUCUGUUAUGAACUACGCUAGAAUCAAGCACAAGAAUGGCGAAUGGAUUGGGUGUGAAUGUGUGUUUACUGUUGUACACGAUGUUCUCGUGGCGAGCACUGCCAUCUAUCGAAGGGGUCCAAAGGCGCAACUGAGAGCUCUAGCCGGAGCCGGGAUACGCCGCAUAUUCUCUUCAUCUCCUCGAGACCCUCGCUAUCACAUGUUGUCGUACUUGUCCAACAAGUUCAAUGAGCAACCAAGCGCCCACCUACCAGAGCCCAGAGCUGCAUUGUUCCUCAAUCGCUUCACUCGCACCUCCACCAUCAUGUAUGCUACCAGCAGUGUAUCAACCAUCCUUGGUCUGGACCCAGAACAGAUCAUCGGCAAGAGCUUCUACUAUUGCGUGCAAGAAAACUGUCUUCAAGACGCAGUCAAAUGUCUCGAAAGCGCGAAGGCUAACGACUCAAUCGCCUACUUGAGAUUUUGGUAUCGCGACCCGUUGCAACGAGAGAGCCGAGCACAUUCGGAAGCCUUGCCGGAUGACGAGAGUGAUGAAGACGAGGGAGGUGUUCCACUUAGAGGCUCUGAGACAUCCAGCUCAAGUGUCUCGAUGGCUGAUGCCUCGACGCCACGUCCCAUUCCCGCAGCAGCGGUCAACGGCUCCGGGCCAGCCAUAAUGGAUCAGCAAGGCACAAGCACUUCCUCAACCUCGGGUACCACUGAAGGCAAUGUGCGCGGCCUCUUCGAUAGCCCGAACCUAGGCCGCAGAGGCUCAUCCCAGACACCUCCGGAAGAUCUUCAAGCAGGACCGUUAGAGAUUGAAGCUGUGGUCUCUUGCACGUCCGAUGGACUCGUUGUGGUUCUGCGCAAGGCAAGCCCUCUCGUGCCGCACACCCUGGAGCCCACAGACACUCCGUAUUACGCUAACGGUCUAUUUGCUUCUCCCUGGGCCCCGGAACCAAUUAUGCCCUCUAUUGCUGGGCAGACUCCUUUGUCCCCAUCUACCUUGGACUCCGGAGUCGGGGCGCAAGACUUGGUCAAUACAGGCUUCAUGGCUGCUAUCAAAGAGGUGGCCGUGUUCGCCUGGUCCCUUACCGGUAUCAAUGGCUCGCUGGCGCAGUAUGCACGUGGGAAUGCAAGUGGUGAAGCCCUGCCCCCUGACGGUCUACCAGUCUGGGAUCCAAAUGCUGAGGUUGAUGAACGACACAACGAAGAAUACAAUGGCUUCCUUGGAAGUACGCACCGGCCUACCCAAGGUGAAGGUAGUCUCGGUGGACCCAAAAAAGAUGAGGAAUCAACCAGUAGUGAGGACGAGGUGGUUUGGAAGCGAACUCCAAUACUACCACCCUGGCGACGACCGAAGAGGAGAGCACAUCAAGAUGCUUUCGGCGGUGAUUUGCAUGAUGGUAUGGAUGGCGGUGCUGAAGAUGGCGGCAGGAAGAAACAUGCCAGGUCGCAUGAUAGUUCUGGCACAGGCUCCGGAUCUGCUGGUUCAGGGUCAGGUUCAGGUUCAACUUCCGGUACAGGGUCUGGAGCUGGCUCUGCUACAGGAUCAGUCUGAGCCAUAAAUGCUCGAAGCGCUUUUCAAACAAAUAAUCUUUGAGGAGAAACGAUAGCUACAUACCUUCAUUUUCA